GGCCUGCUAGACUUGAGAAAGACUAUCAAGUAAAGGCGACGGGAUCAGUUUUCAGUUCUUCGUAGUCCUGCGGGGAGUGCGUUUCCGGCGGACUUGGUUGGCUGACUAAAAAGACGCGGUGGCGAGUCUACCAGGCGUGUCAUUGAUAAUCCGAGCGAAUCUUCGCCGAUUAGAAACUGAUAGAAAUUCUGUGAGAGUGCCAGUGGUUAUUCAUAGGCCUUUCGCGGCUUUGCGAUUAUAGCAGUGUUUCAUUCGAACCAGAAAGACGCCGCUCCGUUAGAAAAAUACAGCUAAUCUGCCGGUGUUGCAUGUUCAUACCUGCCCGUAUGCGUACAUAGGAUAUAUUUAAAUUACAAUAUACAUAAACAUACAUAGAUACUUCAUUUGAGGUACACUCGAACGGUUAAAAAUAUGUAUCAAGUGGCUUUUCGCCUCGUUAUAUUCGGGAACCUCUUUUUUUCCGAUGUCCUGGGACAUGGAAGACUGAUCGAACCUCCGUCCAGAGCCUCUAUGUGGAGAUACGGAUUUAACACGCCACACAAUUACAAUGACCACGAGUUGUACUGCGGUGGGUUCAGCCGACAGUGGAAUCGUAAUCAAGGAAAAUGCGGAAUAUGCGGAGAUCCGUGGGAUGUGAAAACGCCUCGACCACAUGAAACUGGUGGGAAAUACGGCAACAGUAUAAUAGUACGAAAAUACCGUACAGGUUCCGUGAUCCCGGUACAAGUGGAACUGACGGCAAACCACCAUGGAUACUUUGAGUUCCGUUUAUGCCCUAUGGCACACCCAGGCACCGAAGUGACGGCCGAGUGCCUGGACCAGCAUGUUCUUAUCGAAGAAAGUGGAACACCUAGAUACUACCCUGGUCCUGGAAAUAAAAUCUUUGAAAGUCACUACAAACUUCCAGAAGACGUGACGUGUUCUCAAUGCGUUUUCCAAUGGAGAUAUGUGGCAGGAAAUAACUGGGGAAAAUGCGAUAACGGAACAGAGGCUGUCGGCUGUGGUCCACAAGAGGAAUUCAGAGCUUGUGCGGAUAUUUCAAUCGGCGACAAUCAAGCUGCGCUACCUCCACGACCAAUUAUACCAAAGACAAAUGCAACGGGUGGAACUUCGACUACGAAACACGCUCAACCUACAUUGCCUACAGAGCCUUCUCUGGUGUCUGAUAUAUCAGGACCUUACUGGCUGGUCAGUUUGGUCAUUGCAGGGACGUCGUUGCUGGUUAUAUUAGCUGCGUUUGCGUUGUUGUACGCGUACUAUUAUCACGCCGGAAAAGCCAAGCAGUGGUUAAGGGCUGGAAAGUUAUUAACACCUGACAAUACAGCACCGGUUGCACCGCCGAGACAGAGGAAACAUCAAAAUUCGAUUUCACACUUGCCUCUGGAUGCUUAAUUCGCGAUAAGACAUAUGUAUACGAAUUAGUGUGGAAUUGUUAUUUUAUAUCUGCACUGUUAUAGAAAUCGGUGUGAGAUUUAGACAAAAGCUCCUGUCUGAGGAGAAACUUGUUAUGUACGUAUGGCAUAUGAUUCUGUUGUAAUCCGGGUUUAAGAAGCAACUGAAUGAUGUGCUCGCGAAUAGUUUUUCGAUCUCUAAAAACACCUUCAAGUUAAGGGGAGAUAGAAAAAAAUAUCCAACAUCGCGAAGAAGCUAAUUUUGGUUGUUAUAAAAUUACAAUUCGCAGGAGUUUUCUUUAUGUGUUAAAUAAGCCUUAAUUAUGACUAACGCGUGAUGUAACAAUAAUCUUAAAUCGACUGAUUUUCAUUGGUUUUUUUCACUUUAUAAUUUCUCUGUAUUGUUAUGCUAGAUCCUGUAUAUACAAUGUAUGAAUAUUUGUCAAGUAAAAUUAUUUAUUUUCUAACGUGUAAAAAUUAUUGGCAUGAGCUUCGAAGCAUGCAAAUUACCCCAAAAGUAUUAACCUACGAAUACUUGCCUUAUUACGGCGAUGCAAAUUAUUUCAAAAAUGUCUAGACACAUGUGACUAAUAAGUUUCUGGGAAGAAAUUGUUUUACGCGACUGGACUACGUCAAUCAAAGUUUACGUACUCUUACCACCUAGCAAUUCCUUAUAAUAUUAAGUUACUUUUAACCGAAUCUGAAGAGUGCAUGGAUUAUACUCCUACUUUAAAGUAUGAAUGAAGUAUUACCGACAUAUGUUUAUUAUUUAAUUGAUUUAAAAUGUUGAAAAUUUUAUUGUAAGGGUUAUAUAAAAAAGUGAUUUGAAUAAAAACAAUGACUUCACUCUUUCUUACAUAUAAUAGUUUGAUAUUUACAAUAAACUCAAUUUGAUUACAGGAUAAAGGUAAUA